AUGUCCUCAUCAAAUGAUACUGAUGAUGAAUUUACUUCAUCUUUUAGUUCUGAAACAACUAAUAACAAACAACAAAAAUGUUCUAAAGCACUAUUAGAUGUACAAUUACUUUAUUUUAAACAACUUGCUAGUGAGAAUGAAAAUCAAAAACAAGUAAUUAAAAAGCAAAAGAUAGAUUCUAUAAAUAAAGAUAACAUUUUUAAAUAUGUUGAAAGUCAAGAAUUAACAUCAAAAAGGCAGAAACAAUUAGAAAAUAGAAUGUGUCAUGCAUUUGCUUGUGCAGAAAUUUCUUUUAAUAUUGCUGCAAAUAAAAUUUUUUGUGCAAGGAUUCAAGAUCUGAAACCAGGUUUUAAAAUACCAAGCUCUAAGACAUUUGCGAGAAAAAUUCUUAAUAAGCAAAUUAUUCAGGUAGAAUCAAAAAUAGAAAAUGAAUUACAAACCAAAGAUCAUAUUAUACUUGCUAAUUCAGCACUUGAAAAUGAAAUUAGAAUAAAUAAUAUUGUAGGUGGAGGUAUUAAACGAUAUGUAGCAACCCGAUAUAGUUUUAAAAGAGAACAAUAUAAAAAGAUUGCAAAAUGCACAAGUACUUUAUGGAAGACUUCUGGUAAUAGUAAAGAAUCUUGUCGGCAACUCUUAGGACAACUUGCAUCCUACAAAGAAGGUGAUCCACCUUUUAAUGAUCCAUUUGAACCUGAUUGUCAGACACCACAAACUUGGUGA